AUGGACAGAAUAGUGGUCCUGGACUUUGGCUCGCAGUACAGCCACCUCAUAUGCAGAAGGAUCCGGGAAUUCUCGGUGUAUGCUGAGCUGGUCCCCUACGACAUCACGCUAGGGGAGCUGGAGGGGCGCAACCCCAAGGGGAUAAUACUCUCGGGAGGCCCGUCCAGCGUCUACAGCGCCGAUGCGCCCGUCCCCGCGGCAGGGAUAUUUGACCUGGGGCUUCCGGUCCUUGGAAUAUGCUACGGGCACCAGGUCAUAGUGGACAGGUUUGGAGGCAGGGUAAAGAGGGCAAACCGGGAGUACGGCUCGUCGCUGCUCACGGUGGAUGACGACGGGAGCCUGCUGGGCGGCAUCGGCCGGUCUGUCCGGGUAUGGAUGAGCCACGGCGACGAGGCCGAGCAGAUCCCCCCGGGAUUUCAGAUCAUAGGCCACACAAGCAACGCAAGGGCUGCCGCAAUCGCAGGCACCGACAGGCCAGUCUAUGGGAUACAGUUCCAUCCGGAGGUGGUCCACACACAGAAGGGCACGGAGAUCCUGAAGAAUUUUGUGUUGAAGAUAUGCGGGGCCCGGCAGGACUGGACCAUGGAGGCGUUUGUGGAUCGCGCGGUGGGCGAGAUAUCGGGGAUCCAGGGCCGCGUCCUGUGCGGGGUAAGCGGCGGGAUAGACUCGACUGUCGCCGCGCUGCUGAUUCACAGGGCGAUCGGGGAUCGACUGCAUGGGGUCUUCAUCGACAACGGGCUGCUCCGGCAGGACGAGGGGGACGAGAUCGAGGCGAUCUUCCGGGAUAACUUUCACGUGAACUUUACGGCGGUCUCCGCCGCCGAGAGGUUUCUCGAGGGACUGAGGGGGGUUGCAGACCCCGAGGCCAAGCGUAAGGCGGUGGGAGAGGAGUUUGUCAGGGUCUUCUCGGAGUUUGCAGAGAGGAACGGGCCGUUCUCCUGGCUGGCCCAGGGAACGCUGUACCCGGACGUGAUCGAGAGCGGGGUGUCAAAGGGCCCCGCGGCGGUGAUAAAAUCGCACCACAACGUGGGCGGGCUGCCCGACUGGCUGGAUCUUAAGGUGCUGGAGCCGCUGAGGGACCUCUACAAGGACGAGGUGAGGGAGAUUGCAAGGAUCCUGGGCGUGCCUGACAGGAUAGUCAGGAGGCACCCGUUCCCCGGCCCCGGCCUGGCGGUGCGGAUCAUCGGGGAGGUGACCCCGGCAAAGCUCCGGGUGGCAAGGACCGCCAGCAGGAUAGUGGAGGAUGUGCUCCUGGAGGCAGGUGUCUAUGAUGACGUGUGGCAGGCGUACGCCGCCGUGGGAGACGACAGGGCGGUGGGGGUGGUCGGCGACGAGAGGAGGUACGGAAGCAUAGUGAUGGUCCGGGUAGUCAACUCGGUCGACGCCAUGACCGCCGACUGGACGCGGCUCUCCCAUGAGACCCUUGAGAGGAUCAGCAACAGGAUCACCAACGAGAUCGAGGACGUGACCUGGGUGACAUACACGAUCUCAAGCAAGCCGCCUGCCACCAUCGAGCCGCAGUAG